UUUUUCCGGUUUAUGCUUUCCUGUAUAGAUUGGUAUUUUCUGUGCUAGCCGCUUGUUAUUUAUACAUCUGUGAUCUCUACGUUGAAGUUAAUGUGUGGUCAUGGCAGUCGGUAAAAAUAAGGGAUUAUCGAAGGGUGGAAAGAAGGGAGUGAAAAAGAAGAUCGUUGAUCCAUUCACAAGAAAAGAUUGGUACGAUGUGAAGGCACCGUCAAUGUUUGCCACUCGGCAGAUUGGCAAAACUCUAGUGAAUCGUACACAAGGAACAAAGAUUGCAUCCGAGGGCCUGAAAUACAGAGUGUUUGAAGUGUCUUUGGCUGACCUGCAAAAUGAUAAUGAUGCUGAACGUUCGUUCCGUAAGUUCCGUCUGAUUGCUGAAGAUGUGCAGGGCAGGAAUGUGCUCACAAAUUUCCAUGGUAUGGAUCUGACCACAGAUAAACUUCGAUCAAUGGUUAAAAAAUGGCAGACAUUGAUUGAGGCUAACGUGGAUGUGAAAACUACUGAUGGCUACUUACUGAGAGUGUUCUGCAUUGGUUUCACCAACAAGGACCAAAUGUCACAAAGAAAGACUUGCUAUGCUCAGCAUACACAGGUACGAGCAAUCCGAAAGAAGAUGGUGGAAAUCAUCACUCGUGACAUUACAUCUAGUGACCUGAAGGAGGUUGUGAACAAGCUUCUUCCAGACUCCAUUGCUAAAGAUAUUGAGAAGGCAUGCCAAGGCAUCUACCCUCUGCAUGAUGUCUAUAUCCGUAAGGUCAAGGUGCUUAAGAAACCUCGAUUUGAGUUAUCAAAAUUGCUGGAGCUACAUGGUGAUGGAAAAGGUGGAAGUGACGAGCCGGGUGCAAAGGUAGACCGUCCUGAGGGAUAUGAACCUCCGGUGCAGGAGUCUGUCUGAAGAGAAACUUGAGAGCAGGUGUUACAAAUAAAAGACUGCACAUUCA